AUGUUUGAUAAUUUGAAAAUAUUUAGUGAAAAACUUACUAACCAACAUCGGACUUUGAUAGCACCUCUUGAUAAGAACAUAACAUUGCAUAUUCAAGAGGGAGGCAUACAACUAAGACCAUCCAAAAGCAAUGGGUUAUGGUGUCAGUUUCUGAUACCGUUAGUACUAUUAAUGUACUGUGUGCUAGAUAAGGUUACAUUACUCUAUAAGUUCAAUACAUUUCUCUCUCUGGGGCUGUUGAUGUACUGUUCACUGUUUGUGCUUUUCCUAUCCUUGUCUAGCCUGGUUGUAAAAGAGCCUGUGUAUGGAGGAUGUCUUGCUUCAAGUCUUAUAUCAACACUGUUCAUAUAUGGUGCCUUAAACCAAGGCUUAUUAUUUUCAUUUAUUAUUUCACUAUCAACAGUCCUAUCUUUUGUGUGGCUUUUAAGACAUUCCCUUAUGCAUCUACCUAAAACAUUCACAAUAGGAGAGGCUGUUGUUGUCAACCAAAGUGUCAUAUUAUUUGUAGCCACAUUACUUUUGAACUGGAUAUUAGAAUUGCCAAGAAAAGAUAAUGAAACAUUCUUUAUACAUGUUGUUACUUUAACAGUUUUAGUUGCAGUCGCUUUCAUGAAUGUAUUAAUGUAUUUCCUCAAUAACAUACUUCGAAAUAUGAGAUCAUUGAUAUUAAUUGUCUCUACUGGAGCAACGUUUGUGCUAGUUACUCUUCAUUUUGUGAUUGGAAUGGACUUUAUGGAACAAGCAAUAUCAUUUAUUUUCUUCGUAGGAUACAGAAAAGAAAUCAUUGCGUUCUGGUUGAUUCUUGUUGCCUUAUCAAUCUGUGCUUUGUCAGUACGCACAAAGUUAGCCGUUAAAGCAACUACGGUCACCAGGAAAACCUUCCACGUCCUCGCCUCCUUGGUUUUCUUGUCAGGGAUUUUAUAUGACGUGCAACUAAUGCUUUUGGCCGCUGGAGUUGGUCUUGGGGCUAUUAUUUUUGUAGAAGCUGUAAGAAAAAGCAACAUAGAACCGGCGUCGUCAAUGCUUCAGGCUGCUUUCCUUACAUAUAGUGAUGAGAAGGAUUGCGGCACAUUUGCAAUGACACCGUUAUAUUUGUACGCAGGACUUGCGUGUCCCUUAAUAUUAGUUCCAUCAUAUGACGCUGACCAUACUCUAGAAUUAUUGAGUGGAGUGUUGUCUAUAGGCAUUGGAGAUACGGCAGCUAGUUGGUUCGGUUCCCGGUUUGGAUUCAAUAAAUGGUCAGAUAGUAACAGAACCAUGGAAGGAACAGCUUUUAAUAUUUUAUCUCAAAUUGGAACCGUUUACACUCUUAUUAUUUUUGAGUUGAUAGACGCGAAGAACACGCUUGUUCGAACCGCUUUUGUAGCCACCGUCACCAGUCUAGUGGAGGCCACGACUGACCAGGUGGAUAAUCUGGUUCUACCUCUAGUCUCCAUAGCAGCUUUUCAAGUGACACGCUUUGUUUUAUAA